AUGAGUGAUAGUUUUAUACAAUAUAAGAAAUCUAUUAAAGAAAGGCUCGAUAAUGCAGAUUUACUGGUUUCGAAGGUUAUCCAUGAAAAUACGUUGUUAUCGCAACAAUUAGAUUCUAGGAAUGAGGAAAUAUCUUAUAUGAAAGAGAAGUUGGAUAAACACAAGACAAAAGUGGAUUCUCUUAAUGAUAAGAUUACUAAACAGAAUGAGAAUUUGGAGAUCUUCAAAGAUCUAUUUGAACACCUUUGUGGUGUCAGAGUACAUAAGUCAUACGAAGACGAUACAGGGUUAUGGUUUGAUGUUUCGCAAGGCUCUGAUUCUGGUGUGAUGGAUUAUAAGUUGGGUUUCGUUAAAGGCGAAUCUUCUCAAUCGAAUGAGAAUGAUGAAAAUAUUGAUGAAAAUGAAGAGGAUAAGGUUAAUGAUAAUUCUGGGUCUGGUACCCAAGUGAUAUAUGUACCGCUUUUGAAACAAAGAACCUCUAGUGAAUUAAAAGUUUUACAAAAUCAACUGCCUAGUUAUAUGUUUGAUACUUUAAGUUUCCCUUUAAAAUCGUUAAAUCAAUUUUACGCAAAAUUAGCAAGAAGUCUAAACAAGAAGUAA